AUGCCUCGACAUCGGUGUCCUUGGAUAGGGUGCAAUCGAGUCUUCAAGCGUGCAGGAGAUUUGACUCGGCAUGUCAACUCUCGUCAUCGGUCUCAUCCAGCCUCAAUCAACCACAUCUCUCCAAUUUCCAGGGACCCCUCAGAGAGCGAGCCUGACAUCUCAGAUUAUCCAUACCGUGAUGAUACCAUCUUGGAUGACACUGAGCUUCCAACUUCCCACUCUCAAUCCCCCCACUCAUCCGUACCGACUCCUGCCAGUGAGAAACCAUGCAGAACUCUGCAUCCAUUCCUUACUGGUGUGAAAACUGAUCGAGAUGGUCACCCCUUGCCUCCAGACACACCGCCUCCUGCAGAUCCACCUAUUGCCAACGUCUGGGCACCUUUCAAUGGAGAAGUCCAAUUCCAUCUGGCCGAUUUUCUUUUUCGCAAAGUUGAGAUGUCACAGUCCGACAUCAAUGAGCUCCUGGAUCUAUGGUCUCUGGACAUGCACCGGCAUGGAGAUGAUGCACCAUUUGAUAAUCACCAGGCACUCUACAAGGCUAUUGAUGAGAUACGUGUAGGAAGCGCACCAUGGAAAUGUUUUGAAACAGUGGUCCCGGAUACUCUAGGCCGAGAUGCACCUGAAUGGCAGAGGCGAUCCUAUCAGAUCUGGUUUCGAGACCCAGACACUGUCAUCAGCAAUAUCCUCGCUAAUCGUGACUUCGAGAAGGAAUUCGACACCACACCGUAUGUUGACCUUGAUGCGACUGGUCAGCGUAGAUGGAGUGAUUUCAUGUCAGGCAAUUAUGCCUGGUGCCAUGUGGCCCAGAUAUUCGAAGCAGAUAGCAGUACCGAAGGUGCUAUGUAUGUCAGCGUGAUUCUCGGUAGUGACAAGACGACAGUGUCGGUAGCUACGGGAAAUGUGGAAUAUUAUCCCGUUUACUUGUCUAUCGGCAAUCUUCACAAUUCCGCACGUCGAGGUCACUGUAACGGUGUUGUACCCAUAGCCUUUCUCGCCAUCCCUAAAUCGGAUCGAAAAUAUGACCGGGAUGUUGCAUUCAGACUUUUUAAGAAGAAGCUGUACCAUGAAUCACUAACAGCGAUUCUUUCAUCACUCAUUCCUGCAAUGACAAUGCCAGUGGUACGACAGUGUCCUGAUGGUCACUAUCGCCGUGUGAUCUAUGACCUGGGACCAUAUAUCGCCGAUUAUCCUGAGCAAGUCCUCUUGGCAGGAAUUGUCCAAGGCUGGUGUGUGAAAUGUACCUCACCGGCAGCGAAUCUGGAUGAUCCUGGAGAACGUCGGUCACGAAAACUUACUGAAGUCCUCUUGGAAGCCUUUGCCGAUGAUGGGGAUGUUUUAUGGGACAACUAUGGCAUUGACGAGGAUAUCUUGCCAUUUACCUUCAACUUUCCCCGUGCGGACAUCCAUGAGAUGAUCUCGUCUGACCUCUUGCACCAGAUUAUCAAGGGUUCAUUCAAGGACCAUUUAGUUGAAUGGGUGCAUGAGUAUUUAGUCCUCAAAGAGGGUGAGACUCAUGCCAAUGAGAUAAUGGAUGAUAUAGACCGGCGGAGAUUUCCCCAGGGGCAACGCUUUAAGCAAUGGACAGGUGAUGACUCCAAGGCUCUUAUGAAGGUGUACCUGGCUGCUGUCGCUGAGUAUCUUCCAGAAGCAAUCAUGAAGACACUUUCUGCAUUCAUGGAUUUUUGCUAUCUAGUUCGGUGCUCUGACUUUGAUGAAAGCACUCUAAACCAGGUUAAAGAAACCAUCCGGCGCUUUCAUCACUUCCGUGAGGCCUUCAAACUCUCGGGUGUGCGUGAGAGCUUCUCUCUUCCUCGGCAACAUGCCAUCAUACAUUACCCCAGUCAUAUUAUGGAAUUUGGUGCCCCGAAUGGACUAUGCUCAUCUAUCACUGAAUCACGACAUAUCACUGCAGUAAAGAAGCCCUGGCGAAGAUCCAAUCGCUAUAAUGCACUGAGCCAAAUGCUACUGACCAAUCAGUGUCUCGACAAACUGGUUGCUCUUCAAACGGAUUUGAUUCAACAUGGUUUAGUUGAGCCAUUGCAGGCUCCACCUGCUGAUCCAUUCGACAAUGGAAUAGAAGACGAGGGUGCCAUGGAUGGGGAGAGGACCAUUGGAGAGGUCACACUAGCGAAGACACCUGAGCGUGCAUAUCCUAGAGAUAUUGCCGAUCUGGGUCAGUAUAUUGGGUAUCCAGACCUUCCAGCACUUACGCAGCUGUUUCUGCAUGAGCAAUUAACUCAAAGAAGACCGGACAAUUUCAAUCACAUCAGCGACACCAGUUAUCCCAUUAUCAAUAGUCCUGUCCAUGUUUUUCACUCUGCUACAGCAACAUUCUAUUCGCCAAGCAAUAUCUCUGGUAUAUGGGGUAUGCGUCGUGAACGCAUAUGUGCAACCCCUUCCUGGCAUGGUUAUCCUCGGUAUGACUGCGCACUGGCCAUUGUUGAUGAGGAAAAAUCAGGAUUCCGUGGAAUGAAUGCGGUGCGCAUACUGCUAUUCUUCUCAUUCCGGCACAAUGGCAAAGAGUUUCCAUGUGCUCUGGUGCACUGGUUUAACACAUACGGGCGCCUACCAGAUGCAAAGACUGGACUGUGGAUUGUCAGGCCUGACUUUCGCGGCACUGCCAGGCACACACCUGUUCUUAGCGUCAUUCAUGUAGACACUCUCCUUCAAGGUACUCAUCUUCUUCCCGUUUUUGGCAGUUGA